GUUUGUCAAUUUGUCGCCCCCUAAAUCUCUACACUAAGUACUCAGUAGAUGCUGUUUAAAGUACUUCGAAGAUUUCUGAGCUUACUCCACAGCAGUUCUGCUUUAGAUCUGCUGCAUUUCCUCUCACAAUCAAUCUGCUUUUCGCUUGCUGACUCAAAAGUGCUAGGGUUUUGUUAUCGCCAUGUCAUUCCCUUUCUUCCCAACCUUUGAAUCGCCUCGAGAGCCGAGUCCUCCUGGCUAUAGUGAGCAAGCCCCAGCUGCUAAUCAGCAGAGAGAGGACUCUCAGCAGAAAGAGGAAUUCUGGGUGGCUGAUUAUCACAAUGAAAAUAAUGUUUUUUCUUCUGGCAAAAAGAACGAAAUUGAUAAUCUUUCGCCUACGACAAAUGAUAAUAAUGAUCUUCCACCGGUCCCACCGGGUUCUGGUGGAGAUGGCUUGCCAUAUGCUCCUGUGGAUUGGCCAAACCCGGGGGAUAUAUGGAGUUGGAGGGUAGGAAAGAGGAUCAGCUCUAGUGGCUUCUUUCAGGAUAGAUUUCUUAUUCUUCCAAAAGGUCUUCAAAAGGCCAAUUAUCCAAGACAAUUUGCUAGCAAACCAUCACUUCUUCGAUAUAUUCAAACAGAAUUCCCAAUUGCAGAUAUUGAUGCCUUCUUUGAAUCUUUCAGUUGGAAGGUCCCAGCAUUGUUGCAGCCUGUCACCAAAGCAGAAGUUGCUUCUCUUCCUCCAGAAGGAGAAACACAAGAAGUUAAAGUGAAAGGUGAAGUCCAGAACGAUGGGAAAGAACAGACUCAUCGCAGUUCCUUGAGGCCUAGAAGGGAAAAGCCAAAGGAAGCCCCUCCUGUUGAGAAGAAAACAGGUGAAAAACGUGGUAGCACGCAGAAGAAAAGGAAAGAAAAACCAACAACCACGGCAACUCCAUCUAAACAAAAGCCACGCAGAUCUUCUAGAUCUGCUGUCGGACGUACAGGUGGUGCAGUUGACUUGAAUUCCUUCAAUGAUGAAGCAACAGGUGAAUCACCAACCAAGGAUAUGAAAAGUACAUCUGGUUUUGACGAUGAUCAAGUCUCUAUUCCCCAUAUUUACAUUUCUCCUCUCAAUGGUGUGAUUGCAGCCUGCCAUUCGCCUGUUGAAAUAAUCCCAGAGGAAUUCGAUAACUAUCUAAGUUCUCUGGAUGAUCUUCUAACUCAGCCUUCAGAAGUGCCGUUAUGUCUUCCUUCAGCCAAUAGCUCUCCUAUCAAAGAACAUGAAAUUGCUGGAGCACGAGUCAAACUUUCAUCCCUCCUUCAUAUGGAAUUUAGUCAAUUGGUGUUCUCCAAUGAUGUUAGCAUCCUCACAAAUCUUGUGACUAAACUUCGGAGGGAUCCCACCCUUAGUGCUGAACAACUUGUGAUGUUAAAGCUGGUUGAAGAAAUUCCAACAUUCAGAGAAGUUUAUCUAGAGAACAAAGAAGUGAUAGACCAGGCGGACAGCUUUUUUUCAGCCCUUGAAGUGAACAAGUCCAAGGUUGCUUCCCUCAAGAGUGAGUACAAUGAAUUGAAAGAUAAAAUUACCCAAAUCCAGAUAGAUGUGGACAAAAAUUCCUCAACUAUACAAGAAAUUGAUGAGCAGAUUGCCCAGCUUCAAUCACGCCGUGCGGAACUGACCCGUUUGAUUAAUAGCAAGAACAAGGAAAAACUUGACCUGAACUAUGCUCAGAAAAUGGUUGCUGGGUCAAUUCCAAGGGUGGUGCAGGAAAUUCAGGGUGCCAACUUCAAGAAGUCAGAAUGGGAAAGGAAAAAGGAGAAUGCAUUGAAGAGGGAAGCAGAAAUUCAUGCCAAAUUCUCCCCAUUGAAAGGGUUUCAUUUUUAAGUAGAGUAGGUUCUGAAACAUCUAAAUAACCUCUUUUGCAGUCUUUCUCCUGAAUUAGUGGAUGUUUUACUUUGAGUACUUGUAAUGCCUGUGCUCUCACCACCCCUGCCAGGUUUGAGAUAAUACUUUCAUUUUGUUUUAACUUUUAACGGGGUCUGGGAUACGUUUUACUACUAGUUCUUUAACUUCAGACGAUGGAUUCAUGAUGGGACCUUCAGUUAAGUUCUUAAAGCAGGAUCUUCCAAAACUGCAGGUUGCUGCGUGUAUGCUUUAUCUUAUGUGCCAUAUGUUUGGAAGACUUAUUCUU